UACUCUAGUCAGUGACUGUCUCUCCUCACCCGUCAUUCAAGUCUUUCAAUAACUCACUCAGGCGUUUAACACAACUCGUCUGAGCAGGAUAAGAUCAGAUAAAGCACAGGGAAUAAGGGAAGAGCUGUUAGACGUCGGACCAUGCGUGAGGGAUUUUGGAAACUUCUUUGUAUUUUCAUGUUUUCCUUUCGUGCUUUUAAAGCUUCCGCAGCUAUUUAUCAGGUUCCAGUGAGACUGCAGCGCACAGUGUCGGAACACAACACUGGAGCAAACACACUCAACAGGAACUGGUGCCAGUACACAUUACAGAAGACCGUUUCAUGCCAGACGCAAAAUGGGACAGAGACUGUUGUGCAGCGGCUGUUUCAGAGUUGCCGAUGGCCUGGACCAUGUCCAAACCUCAUCAGCUACAGAACUCUGGUGAGACCCGUGUACAGAGUGACCUACAGGAAAAUCACUUCUCUGGAAUGGCGAUGCUGUCCAGGAUUCCAUGGAGAAGACUGCAGAGAGGGACCUCAAGGGUUGCAAGGACCACAAGGUGAAAGAGGCCUUCCUGGGCCACCUGGGCCCCCAGGGCACUUCUCCAUCAGGGGAGAUGUUUUCACUCUAACGGCUAAACAACAUGCCCAGUAUGAGGAUAGUGACUUUGCUGCCUAUCGUGACCUGCAGGCUUUUCUUGGUCCUCCUGGGCCCUUCGGCCCUCCUGGUCCACCAGGGCCUGCUGGACCACCUGGACACCCAGGUGUUCCAGGGAAAAAUGCUGCCUUUAGCUUUGCAGGCACACCAGGUGACAGGGGACCCAAAGGAGAUCCAGGAGAAAGAGGUCCACCUGGAAUAACAGGAAAGCAAGGACAGCCUGGUGUUCCGGGUCCUAAAGGAAAACCGGGAGAGACUCCAGGAGAUGUGCAGCAGUUGAGGGAAGCUCUGAAGAUUCUGGCCGAGAGGGUUCUCAUUCUAGAGCACAUGCUCGGCAUUCAUGAUACUCUGUUGGACUCCGGUUCUGGAAUAGAUCUCCUGGCGGACUUCAUGCUAACAGGCAGUGCUAAAAAUGUUGCAGCUGCCAGACCCUCCUCUCCUCUUACCUCAGACAGAGAGUAGCCGGACUCUGUUGGGUAUGAAGAGUAAAUAUUAAAUAACAAACACUUGUGACCACAAGGCCUUUAUCUCCUGUCUGUUGCUUUGAAGGACAGAUCCCUAUUUGUUUAUGAGUAUGAUAAGAGUGGCACUGAUCUUUUCUAUUUUAUUUACUUGAGUAUUUUGUUUAAUUGUAAUAUUCUUCUUUUUUUACAUUUUGAAAUCACUAUAUUUACCUGUCGAAAAUGUGUUUUCUUUGCCAUUCAUGACCCGUUUUACUUGCAUUUACUUAAGGGCAGGCCUUUAUUUUAGCCAUUAGGAAAUGAUUGGAUGGUGAAAAGUGGGAACUACUUCCCAGAAUGGAGUCGGACCGAAUGUGAGUUUGCUAAAAUGAUGGCUAGUUAGCUAUUGGUUAGAAGUGAUGUCAGCAGAAAAAAAAGUUGUUUUCGGAGUAAGAGCAAGUUAUGAAAAUCUGAUUUUCAUGUCAACUUGAAGUGUCUAUGUACUGUAGUUCAUUUAUUUUAUUAUAGUAAAAGUGAGGAUUUUGGACGGGCAGGUUAUCUGGCUUAAUUAAUCAACAAAGAUGAUACUUGAUUAUACAAAAAAUGUUCUUGACACUAUUCACUUCUUAAUGAGUUUUAUGUUUCAUGAAUAAUGAUUUAAUACCACAGUCAUUCAAGCAGAAAAUAAAUGUUUUGUCAAAGACUUUACAGAAAACAAAAAAGGCCUAGUUCUUGUCAUUUCCUUUUUGUUUUCUGAUUGAUGACCUGUAAUGACCUUCAUGCACAUAAUUAUAUAUAGCAGUGGCUUUGUAUUAAAACAUUCCCAUCUCAAAACUCGCAGCAAACAAAAAAUAGACUAGAACAGAACCUUAAAACCAAAUUCGGCCUUUUGUGUGCAUAGAAAGUGCAACGUCUACCACAAUAAAUUGUGUUUACACCUCUGCUCACCUGUUCUUAUUCAUAGAGCCUAUCAUUGACUCGCUGAAAACCCAAAAUGGCGGAACACACCAAGGGCUGCUAUUAAUAGGGCUGCAGUGAAUAGCUGGAGAGACAAAAGGCCCUGUUGACCUUGUUCGCAGAGCACCGUUCAACACGCCAGUGUGGCUUUAAGCUUAUUGUUGCGCUUGAGCUUUUGUAAUCCCCUCGGGAGGGAACGAAAUCUUUCCGAAUCUUGGGCUUUUUCUUCUUGUUGUGUUAAGAAAGAAAAAGUGUUUAAAGGUUUCCCACGGUAAUGUUUUUACGGUAUUGAGAUCUAAAUAUUUUGCUUUGACUUUUUGAAAUUAAAUUUUAUGGGAAAAAUCUU